AUGUCUCUGAAAUUCCUGGUACUAAUUUCGACGCUGUUGUGGCGCCAUCUUGUUUUAGCGGAAUCCGAUUGCCCUAUCGUUUCGACGGUUGAAAAUUUCAACGUCACCGCCUACUUGGGAAAAUGGUACGAACAAGAGAAGUACCCCAUUUUGACGGAAACCUUCGGCUCCUGCAUUUACACCGACUAUUAUCAAGAAGACGGUACUACUAGAUUCAAAAACAACGAAUUAUUAUUCAAUUUGUUGCCGCUAUCAAUCGGCGGCACGGUGUCGGUAAAUUCCACCAGCGGAUUGCUGUUGAUAACGCCCGACUACAAAAAGACCAAGCACGUGCCCUACUAUGUGCUCGACACGGAUUACGAGACCUUCGCCGCCGUGUGGACGUGCAGGGAAAAUUCCACCAGAGGCGCCUGGAUUUUGACCAGGGAACGAACGCCGCUGGAAAGCGCCGUGGAAAACGGCCGGUCCGCUUUGGACAGGGAAAAUCUCAGUUUGGAAGAAUUGCGGAAAACCGAUCAAAAGGAUUGCAAAAACUGA